GCAGAAGUGGUCCAGCCCACGCGGAUCGGUCGCUAUGGAGAGCAGCUCCAGACACAGAGAGCAGCAGCAGCAGCAGGAGGAGCAGGAGCAGCAGCAGCAGGAGGAGUAGGAGUAGGAGGACUGAAACGAGAACCGGAGAAGCCUGAGAAGAGGAGCCGGGAGGAGCACAACAGAGAGAGAGAGGGGGAAAACCAUGGAGAGAAGAUCACCGCUCGGGAGGAGUUUGCCAAAUAACGGACUGCGACUUUUAACAACACUUCUCACCUUAUACGGACUUACCUCAGGUGUGAGCAGCAACCAGGUAGUCGUGCUCGAGAAAGUGAAUGCGGUGCUGGGGAAGAACAUCACGCUGAGCUGCAGAAUAGAAGUGGGCUCCAACCUGAGUCUCACGCAGAGCUCCUGGGAGCGCCGCCUGCCUUCAGGCACCAUUACCUUGGCAGUGUUCAACCCCGAGUUUGGGAUCUCCAUCUCUCAGGACUACGCCAAACGCGUCUCGUUUGUAUCCCCCUCCGCACGAGAUGCCACCAUUACAAUCGGAGGAGCCAGCUUCGCAGAUAUCGGGUCCUACAUCUGCAAAGUGGCGACGUUUCCCCUGGGCAAUACACAAGCAUCAACUUAUGUUAAUGUUUUAGUGGAGCCGAAGGUCUACGUGUCCGCCGGCCCCGCGGCUCUGCUCGACGGAGGCAACGAGUCUUUGGUGGCCACCUGCAUAGCGGAGCGCGGCCGCCCCGCCGCCGAGGUUUUCUGGGAGACGGAGCUGUACGGACGGAGCGAGAAGCAAAGUCACGACGAGUCCAACGGCACCAGCACCACCCACGUGCGCUACAUGUGGCAACCGCAGAGCUACGCCCAGGGGAAGAGGCUCACCUGCGUGGUGCGCCACCCGACCCUGCAGACAGAGUUUCGCAUCCCCUACAUACUAAACGUUCAGUUCGCACCGGUGGUGUCCAUAGCGGGGAUUGACAAAAGUUGGCACGUGGGUCAGGACAAUGUGAAGUUCACCUGCAGUGCCAAAGCCAACCCACCUGCCCGUCACUUCUCCUGGAUCAGGUUGGAUGGAGUGAUGCCCGAGGGAGUCGAUAUCUCAAACAACACCUUCGCUUUCACUCGCCCGUUGGAGCGCAAUGACUCUGGAGUGUACCGCUGCGAAGUGAUGAACGACAUCAGUCUCCAGAGUCAAGACGUAAACCUCUGGGUACAAGAUCCUCCCCCAACCACGGCCGCGCCCAGCACCACCGCAUCCCUCCUCCACGGCACUUCCAGACCCGGUACCACCGUGGACCGGCGGAAAUCCCCAUUCACCUCGCCGACGCUGGCCUCCUUAUCCGACAGCAGCCUGGGUACUAUAGUCGGCGGAGCUGUAGGUGGAGUUCUGUUCCUGAUUCUCCUGCUGAUCCUCGGCGGGGCCUGCUUCAUGCGACAGCGCCGGACCUUCAGAGGCGACUACUACACUAAACAGUACCUGGGACCGUCCGACAUGCAGAAGGAGUCUCAGCUGGACGUGCUGCAGCCGCAUGAGCUGCAGGAGGUCUACGGCGACAAGACGAGCAAAGGCAGCCAGGAUCUGAAACCCAAACUGGGUGGAGACAUCAUUUACCCCGACUACACCCCCGAACGCAAGGAUAGGGAUGACUGGGCCGACAGGGGGGACGGCCACAGGGGCCUCAAGGAGGGUAACUACUACCCAGAUCACUACAACACCCAAAACAUGCACCCCUGCGGGCCUCCUGUGCACAGCACCAUUGUGAACAACGGCUCCCCCUACCUCCCGGAGGACUGCUAUGACAAUGGUACAGACAGCGACUACGUGUCGCACAUGGACGGAUCUGUGAUCUCACGCAGGGAGUGGUACGUUUGAGGACGGGAGCUGAACGGACACGAGACUGACUGAGAAUGAUUUAACAAAGUGACAGGUAUAAUCAUCAUUACAGGUCGUGUCAUUUCAGUUAGAGGAUGAAUUCACUCAGUUUCUCAGCGCAGUCCCACGACGAGCUCUCUGAACAAUACUGCUCUGCCUUGAUUGUAACCACUUAACCUUAAGGACGCGUAUGUGGACACUUCCCGUAGCAUUUCAAGGAGCUACAACGAGCUGGAACGCCUCCGUGAUACGAUCUGCGCAGGCUUCGGCUCUUGAUGUGAAUGAGGUUUUUGUAUUGUGCUUGUUUGUGUUUGCACCUGUCUUAAAACGCAGGUCACAGGUCAGGUGUUCAGACCCCUUGUUAGUGAAGUAUUUAUAUCCCUGACUGACUGAGCUCUGCUCCCAUAAAAACCUCACAACUUCUGUGGCAUCUUCAAAACAACGGCCUCUUGAUUGCUUACAGCGUUUUCAUACAUGUGAAAUGUUUAUCAUGGCUGCAAUCAGUAUUUAAAGACAAAUUGUAUUGCAUGGGGGUUUGUUUCUUUCUUUCCAAAAAAAAAAAAAAGUAUCAUCGCGCUAAAGGGAACGUUUGUCAUGAUUUAAAAGGGAGAAUCACACAAACACACUGCCCCUCGGAAAGCUCUUCAUCAGUGACUUUGGCAAACUCUGAGCAUCUUCUGUAAAAUAUUUAUGAAAUGGACAGCGAACACGAGUAACGUAAAAGAGGUCACUCCCCGUGGAAGUACUCUUACUUUCAGCUUAUUUAUUUUACAGACGUCUCUGUUCCUGCAGUUGUUAUCCUUGAGAUUUGGCGGUAACCUGCGGUGACCCUAGUAACCAGCCAGUGUUUUUAAUACCGCAGCAAACACAACUUGAACUAUUUUGUCGGAAAUACACGAGGAGCAGCUGGUGGAACCAAACAAAGCCGCUCAUAAUAACCGCGGAGUGAGGAGUGCAGCUUCUUUACAGACUCAAAAUGACCAAAACAAAAAGCCAAAAAAACGACAGGUGACAGAUUCUUUACGUUUCCUGUGGGUGCUUUCACAAUAAAAGCCACCUCGAGUCUCACCAGUGCGGUGCUUUUAAUCUGAAACGGCUACAACAGGAAGCUUUGCAUUGGCGGUAACUUCACACGAUGUCAAAGAAUGCACAAACAAGAUAAAACCGUGCACGCAUCGUUUCCUCUGAAUCCCUCGUUGUUUAGGAAGGCGAUCUGAUUCCAGCGUGGGAAUGGCAGACCCCGCCACUAUCUGCAGAAACUAUAGAGAUACAUGAAAUUACUUUAACUGGCUUCUGAAGGAAAAACUGGUGGCCGCAGAUAGAAUCAAAAAUGACGUUUAACUUGGAAAUAUUAUCGUUUUUGAAACGUGUUAACCUCGUCACUUUCCUGCAGUGAAAAGAAGCACAACUCUGUUAUUACGGUUGUCAGUAAACAUGAAAGGAAACUAACCGAGGCCUCGGCCUUCUCCACUUAGCCAUGAUAACAGACUGCAUCGCUGUCUCCUCCAUUUUCCCUCCUCCCUCCUGCAUCUUCUGAUUUCUGUCUGCUCGACUAACACCAAUUGGUUAUUAUAGUUUUUAUUUUAAACGCGGGAUCAAAGAAAUGUGUUAUAAAUACCAGAUGUGACUAUCACAGCUGUCAUCAUCUGACGUUAUGUGGCUCCAAGAACCACCAACAGUUUCCCCCCCUCCUCCUUCCCGCUCGUGAUUCCUGGCGAUAAAUAAGCAAAAUACUUGUUGAAAAAGAAGGUCAAAGAGCUCAGAAUAAAUAAAGUGAUCCUUCAGCUUUAGUUUGUGUGCGUUUGAAGUAUGAUUGCUCAAAUACCUCACAGAAGAGUUGGAAGCACUGCGAGCGGCUGACAUCACUACUGAUCACAGAACGGGCUAUAAUGUCGGGGUUUGGCUCCUCGGCAGCUCCUCUGAGGACAUACAGCGAUCAUGGAAACUAGAAAUUUAAUCCAUGAGUGAAAAAAAUUGGUUUAAGAACCAUCUAGGUUGGAGCUGUCUGUGUAAUGGCUCCCCUAGGGAUAUAUAUAUAUAUUUUUUUUUCCUCCAAACAACAAACCCGGCAACUUUAAGUCGAAACAAAAGAGUUGACAUCAUCAGUGAUCUCAUCUCUCACUGCUUGAUUUGACCCUUACGCUUUUCCACUUAGUGCUUGUUUUUUUGUUUCCUCAGGAAUGAUACACGGAUCAAAGUGGCCUCACAUGAAAGAGAGGAGCGUACCCCUUUUUUGGAAAGAUUUAGUCAGUCAGAGUGUUUUGUUGCUCGAAGAAUGAACCAUAUAUGUGUAACACAGAUCAGGAGGGGGGAGGGGGUCGGCUGUAUUUUGAGGUCUGCUUCUUUCUUAUUGGGGUUUUAUAGAUUGUGGGUGCACAUUUUCCCUCUUUAACCCUUCUCCACCCUUCACUUUCUAAUGGCAGGGCUUUGGUCGAGAAGUUCAGAUGUCUGAGAAUAAACCGCUUUAAUCUCUGAAGCUUUCACUCUCAUCGUCGCACACACACACACACACAGCCUGGCCCGGCCACACAUCUGCCACCGCAAGGCCGCGUUCAAAGAUUCAAAGAGCAGUCCUCACCUCAAACCGUGAGCUUUUUAAUUAACUUUUCUUUUUUUCUCUCUCUCUCUCUUUCUCAUAGCACUCUACUCUGUGAUUUAUAGCGCGUCCGUGUCUGCAUGCGCGCGGCUGAUUCAUCGCCAUCUUAUUCGGUGAAGUCACGCCGUGCGAUCUGUUGUCUCUGCUCCAAAAAUCUUUUUUUAUUUUGUGACUUCUGAAGCGAUGAAUGUUUCUGUAAAGUUCACCAACCAGGUUUGCAUGUAAAAUUAAGUUAUUCGCUGCCUACUCGGUUCAUUAUUUCCCCCCACCCCGUCACUUCGAUGUUUAUACACGUGUACAUAAUGCUGAUAGGUUAGAUUCAGUUUAGCUGUUUUGAUUUCUACGUUCGUGUACAGUUUGUUCUGGACUCCCCUACUGAAUAGUCGGUGCCUUAGAUGGGCUGAGCAAUGCACAGAAACUUUGAAAGCAUUAAUAUAAGAGGAUAUUAAUAUCGAUAAAGAGGAGGACCGACUGGUCCACGGAUACGUCUUCCAUCUUGAUAUUUAAGACUUGCUGUUGUGAGAACAUCAGAGUAGACUAAAGGUUGAUCGUCACGCCUUAUACGCUUCGAAAGGACACGUGUAACGAGUUGGUUACAGAGAAAAUUGUAAUAAGUAAAGUUUCACUGGGAAUUUAGGCAAGCCAGAUUCAUAGAAAAUAUUAUUGUCCUGUAAAUAUGCUGGCUGUUUUUUUGUUUUGUUUUGUUUUUUUAUUAUUGUUAUUAUUGGAAAAAUCUUAUUUUUUGUAUGAGGUCUGUAAUUUUCACAGAGUAUCAGUUUAUGUUGUGAGUGUUCGAGGAGCUCUUGUCUCAUGAUAACAUAAGAGGGCGAUGCCGUUUUCACUGCAUUUUUAUAUGUUUUGUUCUGGAGAGUUUCUGACCAAUUAUUUUGUAUGUCGUUCUUCGAAUGAUUGAUGUCUCGCAGGAAUCAGAGAUGAAAGUGCGGUAGAUUGUAUUUUGUUCCUUUUUUUUGUUUGCAAUAAAAAAGAAAAAACAUCAUUAUUGCA